AUGGGUAUACUAGGCAAGAUAUCGAGUGCCCUGGCACCUCCGCCUCCCAAGGCUGAUGACGGACGCGACCAAUGGCCCUCCCGUACCGCAUAUCUCCUCGCAUCUUGUGGAGGCGCUGUAGGGAUGGGAAACAUGCUCCGCUACCCGUCCCAGGUAUACAAUAACAACGGUCUACAGUGGUUCGUGCCCUAUCUGAUGGCCGUGUUUCUACUCGCCAUCCCCGCUAUGGCGCUGGAGAUCGCUGCUGGUAACGCCUAUCGCGGCGGAACAGUAGUUGCAUACAACUCAAUAAACAAAAGACUCAAAGGAACUGGCUUCGCGCUCAACUACGUCGGCUUCGUAGUCGUUACAUACUUUGUGCCUAUCCUUGCUUGGGCCAUGGUCUAUUUCCAAAAAUCCUUUACGAGCCCUCUUCCUUGGGCUGGAGAUACCGAGACCUGGUUCAUGUAUGAGGCUGUUGGUUCUGUCGAUCCUGAUACUUCGGGCCGCUGGGUUGUGCACCCUGGUGUUUCCCUUGACGGCCGUCUCGUUGGCUGGAACGCUUUCACCUGGUUUACCGUCUGGAUUUGCAUGUUUCGUGGCGUCGGUCUCACCGGAAGAGUUGUGUAUGUCACAAUGGGUCUCCCUGUUAUCAUGGCGAUCAUACUCGUCGGCCGCGGUGCAUCCCUUCCCAAUGCAGGUGAAGGUAUCAAGAUGUAUUUCGGCAGCUGGCAUAGCGAAAAGCUUGCUGGCACUAGAAUCUGGCGUGACGCAGUUGGUCAAGUCUUUUUCUCAACUGGCGUCGGUUUUGGAUACUACACAGCCUACGCUUCAUACAACCGUCGAUUUUCCAACGCGGCGCAAGACGCUGUCAUUGUUGUUCUCUUCAACAGUUUUUUCGAGGCCUUUGUUGCCUUUGCUGUCUUUGGAAUCAUAGGAUACCUUGGCAUGAAGCCUGAAGAAACUGGUGAGAUGGGCAGUUAUGGCCUAGGCUUUAUGACGUAUCCUGAGGCGUUUGUUGAGAUGCCUGGCUCCAACUUCUUUUCCGUGGUAUUCUUCUUCACUAUCAUGCUUCUAGGUAUCAGUUCUUCGUUUGCAAUGCUUGACGCCGUGAUGACCUUGAUCAUGGACGCCCCGUUUGCCAAGAGAUGGGGACGACCCUGGGUUGCCACCGCUAUGGUUACGAUCUGUUUCCUUCUCUCCCUUCCUCACUGCACUGAAUUUGGGUACUAUUUCAUGGAUGGAAUCGACCGAUGGAUCAAUAACAUUGGCCUCGUCUUUGUCGUGUGGGCUGAAUGCGUUGGUGCCACCACUUUAUAUCGAUAUCGGGAUGUUGUUGGCCAAGUUGGCAUGCCAUCAUGGGCUUCAUACAAUGCCGGUUUUCUUGGUGGCCAGCUUUUGGGAAUCACCGUUGGCCACACUGUUGCACCUUGGGCCGGCGCAGUUACUGGUUUUGGUGUCUACUUUAUUGGUCUCGCUGCCUCCCUCUUCCUCGGAAAGGCACCAGAUGCGUACGGUAGUCCAAGACUCAUGACCAAAAACAAACUCAUGUCUGUCUUCUACUACAACGCUUUCUACUCUGGAAACAUGCUCAGGCAUGAUCUUAACAGCGUGAUAGGCGUUGGUAAGAACUGGUCUCUCCCAUUCAUCUGGGCUCCCAUGCUCCGCUAUGUUUCAGGACCCAUCUUGGCCAUCAUCUUCAGCCUGGCCUACCCCAGCUUCGACGAAGUCAAGAACGACCCUCUUCAUAUUGUUGGAUUUAUUGUUGCGCACUGUCUCCUUCUGUGGAUCGUGAUUGGUUAUAUUUUCCCUCGUUGGUUUGAUGUUUUCAACAUUCAUGAGCGCCGUGAGGAUUGGAAGCAACCUUAUGCUCCCAAUAUUCUGCGAGGUACGACUGAUGCACAAGAGGCGGGUAGUAAUGAAGCUGGCACGUCGAGUGGAACGUCCUCAAAGGAGUAA